AUGGAUUUAUCUGUGAAACCUGAUGGCUCUACACUGCAUACUCAGGGAUAUUCGCAAGGAAGAAGGAAGAUGUCAUUGAACUACCAAACUCAGGGUGAAGGGGGAGCCAGAUCGGGUGGUAGCCCCCCUUUUAAUAGUUCAAACGACACCUUCCCAUAUGGGCUUAGUGGCGUUAGCAUGCCGAAUUACGGGUAUCCAGGUGACCUCUAUCAAUUCACAUCAAACGGCUACCCUCGCAAGUCUAGAACGUGCUGUUACUGUGGGAAAGUUUUCACACGAUCAACGACGCGACGUUACCAUGAAAAACGUUGUCCCUUGUUACGCGCAGCUGUGUGCGGAAUUAUGCCUGACAACGGAAAAAGACCAAGUGGCCCGGGAACAGGUGUUUCCUCAGGGCACAGUGGACAUGGAGUAGAUAAGCCAUCAGCUACCUCAAUGGCAGGUGUAAGUCACCCGUCUGCCCCCCAAUUACCUACCUCACAUCUAGCUUCACAUCCUUCCAUGGUGAUGAAGCGGGAACAAAAUGGACUCGGAUACCACACAAGUGUUAUAGUCAAACAGGAGAACCAGGAUGUCAAUGGUGCAACGAGACACACGUCAGGGCAUCGAUUGGCUGCUGAUGGGUCACAUGAUCAUGAUACAAGCAUGACACGACUGACCCCAGACUCCUGUGGGUCAUCUCCACACCCUCCAAAGCUUGGGGACAUAUCUGGAUUCUCCUUGUCACCUUAUCAGGGUCACAGUGGUUUAUCAUUUUCCAAAUCACCUUCACAAGGCUCGACCAAAGGUGACAUGAACUCACUGGUACAAGAAGAAGGUGAAAAAGAGGAGGGUGUGAAAGAUGAAGUGGAAAAUGGAUCCGAUUUGGACAUUCCUGAUUCUGAGACUUUUCAGGAACGUAUGAAAGAUGAUGAAGCACGAGCUAAUGAUUUAAACUUUACCUCACCAGGGCACAAUGAUACCCUGCUCUUAGAUGGAACUACCUCAAAUAACUUGGGCGAUCUGACUGGGACAAUCAGUGAUGAUGACAAGACCUCAAAUGACAAAUCAAAGUGUUACUUCGAAGGUGAGGCCAUAUGCGGGGUUUGUGGCAAAAACUUUGAGUCAUCCUGGCAGCUGCAUGUUCAUGAACAGAUACACAAAAAAUUCAAACCUUACGCAUGUCGCUUCUGCAACCAACGUUUCUCAAAGGCAGCACUCCGCAUAGCGCAUGAACGCGAGCACAUCACUGAUGACUGUAAUUGUGUCAUAUGUGGUAGCACGUUCAGGGAGAAGGAGGGUUUACGACUUCAUAUGGUGAAUCGUCAUAGAGAUGGACCGUGGCUCUGUCGCUACUGCGGCAAGCCAGAAGUAGUUCAUCAGGAUAUGGUAGAUCACCUUCAAUCACAUGAACUACCUAAGGAAGAGUUGCUAUCACUACAGUUCUUCUUAUCAGCACCCCUUGACAACGCAAACAACAACGACAGCGACAAUAAUCUCAACGAUUCCGAGCUAAACGAAGUGGAUAAUAUCAAUGACUCUGAGCUAGUAUCUAUGUCUGAUUCCAAUGACAACAUGACGUCACCAGAUCAGGAGUCGCCUGCAGAUAAUCUGGCGGUUGUAGAACAGGAAAUGAUGUCAUCAUCGGAUCUUAUGUCCACAGAUUUGAUGUCAUCGCAAGAUAUGAUGUCGCAAGAAAAGGAAAUGUGUACUAUAUGUGGGCGGGACUAUCCCAAGAGUCACAUGGCCUAUCACAUGAAGGCACAUGAAGGCCACAAACCAUAUGAAUGCCCUAUAUGUGGUAAGCGAUUCGGGUACAAAAACAAUAUGAAGUCACAUAUCAAACUACAUGCGGGUAUCAAACCAUAUCAGUGCAAUGUAUGUGGUGCCAAGUUCACUCGAGGCUCCACACUACGACGCCAUGCUCGACGCCAUGGAAUUUCAGCAGAGAGCGUGUGGGACCUGUUUGUGAGAAACAGUAGUUCAUCCCAGACCACUGGCCAGAUGCACACCCCACGCAAGACAGUGGCUGAAACCAGUCACCUGACCACAUCUCCAACAACCCUCACAACCUCCAAGGACUUGCUCACAGCUAAUGGAACCUACAGCAAUCUCUUCAACACUUCUACCUCAGCUGCUAUGUCCAAUGCCCUGCUCAUGAGCUACCACAAUCACCAGGCUGCUGUUGCAGCCUCUCUGCCCUCUUUCUUCUCCCCACUCCAGUCUACCUCAGAAGUGCCCCCAUCGGCUUUACCAGGGUUUACGGCUAGUCAGUCACCACAGUCAGAUGCACUUAACCUCUCUACUCACAAAUCCACCAGCGACAAACAUACUGCAGACCUCCAUCAUCGCAAUCUUGUAGAACCUAUCUCCCCUACCUCAAUGGAACGGUCCAGAUCCAGGUCAUUCAGUGGCUCUGACAUUUCCAGACCCACGCCAAUAUCUGCUCCAGGUCCGACAAAUACAAAUGGAAAUGAAAUCGGAAUUCAGGUGAAAAUGUGUUGUAAAAUGGGUCUAGAGCCGGCCUACAUCAAUGCCCAAAGCCCAAGUGAGGCAAGCAUUCAUUCAGGUGACAGUGGCACUUUGUACCAGGCCCAGUCAUCAUCGGCAGGCCUCGAGAACUCCACCGACUCCAUAGCAACACUGAUGGGAUCUGGGCGCCUAUUCAAAUGUGAUCAUUGUGAAUGCUACUUCUCCGAGUAUGCCAUGUACCGUAUCCACACAAAGAUUCACUCUGGAGGGCGAACGAUGCCGUUUGUUUGUCCUGUAUGUGACGAGGACUGCCACGACCGGGUCUACUUCUCCCUACACAUCUCGGAGCAUUUACGGUGA